UGCUUUCUGCGUCACAAUCGGGCCCCAAAUAGGGAAUCUGGGGGGUCCAGAGGUUUAGAGCCAAAGAGAAGUGGCGUGAAAGGCCCCUCCGACAGAAGGAUGGAGAAUGGGGUGUCAACUCCCAGGAUGGACAUGACUUUAGCCGAGCUGCAAGAAAUGGCAGCCAGGCAGCAACAGCAAAUCGAAGCCCAACAGCAACUCCUGGCUUCCAAGGAGCAGCGACUGCGCUACUUGAAGCAGCAGGAGCAGCGUCACCAGCAACAGGCCUCCGAGCAGGAGAAGCUGCAGCGCCUGCGUGACAACAUCGAGAACCAGGAGGGUCGCCUCAAGAAGGUCCGAGCCCUCAAGGGCCAAGUUGAGCAGAAGCGCGUCAGCAACGGCAAGCUCGUGGAGGAGAUCGAGCAGAUGAACAACCUCUUCCAGCAGAAGCAGAGAGAGCUGGUGAUGGCCGCGUCCAAGGUGGAGGAGCUGAGCCGACAACUGGACUUGCUCAAAAGCGGCAAAGUGGAUAACUUCCACGACAACCAGAGCUCCGUGGCUGAACUGGACCGUCUCUACAAGGAGCUGCAGCUGAGGAACAAGCUCAACCAGGACCAAAACUCCAAACUGCAGCAGCAGCGCGAGAACCUGAACAAGCGCAACAUGGAGGCGGCCGCCAUGGACAAGAGGAUCAGCGAGCUGCGCGAUCGACUCUGGAAGAAGAAGGUGGCGCUGCAGCAGAAAGAGAACGUCCCUAAUGGCUAUCCCAGUAAAGAGAGGGCUUCAAAAGACACACAUCCUCAGGUGCCUUCCGAUGGCCCAGCCAGUCAACAACAGUCAGGUGGUCCAUCUCGUGUGGCAGCAGUCGGCCCGUACAUCCAGUCAUCCACGCUGCCUCGCGGUGGCUCGGGCAGACACGAACUGCUUGUAAAACCAGCCUACCCGGACGGCACCUCCACCUUGCCGACGCAUGAUCAGCAGGGAAAGCAGCAGGGAAAGGCCGGAACAGGGAACCAGUCAUCGAAACUGGAGUCCAACGGUCAUGUUCCAGCUUCUUCAACGCUUCCACGAAUGACAUCUCACUCCCACAAAGACCAAGAUGACACCGAGCCCAAAAGGGACAGGAAGGUGCGUCCGUUUUCCAUGUUUGAGCCAACCGAGGUUCCUGCCACCUCGCUUCGCAAAAACCAGAGCAGUGAUGACUUGGUCAGGGAUGCCCAAUCUGCUCCCAAGGCGCCAGUUAAAGUCCCACCGCCCGUGCCUACCAAGCCAAAAGGCCCAAAUGUCAUCCCGUACGGCAAACAGGGCCUCAACACAGGCACCUUCCCGAAAGCUAAGCCACACAGCAGCCAGCCCCAUCCUGGCCACGCCCACGUGCCUCUCCCGCCCUCCCAGAGCCAGACGCUCCCCCUGCCUCCAAAGCAGGACCCUCCGCCUGCAGCUACCGUGCGGCCUUUCACCCCGGAGCUGCCUUCCUCCAAGCCGCAGACCCUCGCCGCCAGCUCCAUCUACUCCAUGUACACCCAGCAGGCUGGCAUCCAGGGGGCCCUCAGCAGGUCUCAGAGCCGCACCAACGGCUUUGUCAGUGUGUAUGGAAAGCCGGUGAUUCCCAGUGGAGGCUCCCAACACCCAGAGAACCCCUACCUGGACCGUCGCUCCCCGGCGCUUGAAUCCGAGGUGGACCACGGAGCGAACCACACGGGCCCUAGCCCAUCCGAGGGCGGCCAACCGGAGACGGAGCGCAUCCCGCGACCCCUCAGCCCCACCAAGCUGCUCCCGUUCAUUUCCAACCCCUACCGGCACCAGAGCGACGGCGACCUGGAGGCCCUCAGGAAGAAGCUCUACAACGCUCCCAGGCCCCUGAAGAAGCGCAGCUCCAUCACCGAGCCGGAGGGACCCGCUGGGCCCAAUAUCCAGAAGCUGCUCUAUCAGAAAACCACCCUGGCAGCCAUGGAGACCACCGUGAUCACGCCGGGCACUCCCACCCUUCCUGGUGAAGCAGAGAAGGGCGCGGAGGUACCUAUGAAGCCAUACCUUCCGGGCCCCUCGAACAACACAGAGAACCACCCGUCGGAUGCGGGACGAUCCGUGGAGGGGCCGCAGUUCCCAGGCGGGAACGUUCACAUUCCAGCUCCCGCUGAACAAAGCAGGCCGCCCUCCGCCAUCCUGGCCGCAGAACACAUCGUCCCGCCUCCUCCUCCGUCACACCCGGCCCCUCGCCCCGAAGAUGCGCUCUUCCCACCACCGCCACCCCCUGCCAGUCUGGACGACCCGCUGCCCAACCUCCCCCCUCCGCCUCCGGAGGGCUUCCUGGAAGAGUUUCCCCCUUACCCACCGCCACCGUACCCCAGUGGAGCAGAGCAGGACAGCCUGGGAGAGGACACCUUUAACAUGAAAGCGCCCGAAGUCACUGGGCAGGUUGCUCUGCCCCCGGGCAAAAGGACCAACCUGCGCAAGCUCGGCUCGGAACGGAUUGACCACAACAUGAGAGUCAAGUUCAACCCGUUGGCCCUGCUGCUCGACUCAUCUCUGGAGGGCGAGUUCGAUUUGGUGCAGAGAAUUAUCUAUGAGGUGGAGGACCCCAGCCAGCCUAACGACGAAGGCAUCACCGCGCUACACAACGCCGUGUGCGCCGGACACACAGAGAUUGUCAAGUUUCUCGUCCAGUACGGCGUCAACGUCAACGCCGCGGACAGCGACGGAUGGACGCCUCUCCACUGCGCGGCCUCCUGCAACAACGUUCAGGUGUGCAAGUUCCUGGUGGAGUCAGCCGCCGCCGUCUUCAACACCACAUACAGCGACAUGCAGACGGCAGCCGACAAGUGCGAGGAGAUGGAGGAAGGGUACACCCAGUGCUCCCAGUUCCUCUACGGCGUUCAGGAGAAGAUGGGCAUCAUGAACAGGGGCGUGGUUUAUGCCCUUUGGGACUUCACGGGGGAGAAUCCCGACGAGCUGUCCUUCCGCGAGGGGGACUGCAUGACUAUCGUCCGCAGGGAGGACGAGGAUGAAAUCGAGUGGUGGUGGGCACGCCUGGGAGACAACGAGGGCUACAUUCCCCGCAACCUACUUGGGCUGUAUCCUCGAAUAAAGCCACGACAGAGAAGCCUCGCCUAAGGAUUCCUGCACAUUUCAACAUCAGCGCACUAACACACACAUACACUACUCGGUUCGUAUAUCGGUCUUUCGGUUAGAAUUUCAAGAUCUCAGGCUGAAGGACUCACAAAAAGACAUAGAAGUGGAUGUCGUUGUCGUUUAUGGGUCAGACACCUGUGGAGAAUUUUGUCAUCAGCUCCACUGAAACACUGAACAUUUUAAACUGGACAUUUUAAAGUUUAGAGGAAGUUUAAGUUCAACCGGAAAUUUCACAUAGCCCAAUGUCACUUAAGUUUUUGUGAGUGGCGUACACACACACACACACACACACACACACACACACACAAAAUCCGGGAAAAGAAGGAAACUGCUGCAUUGAAGGAACACUAAAGCAGAGGUGGGGGGAGCCUGCAGCACCAUAUGGGCCAGUUAUAGAAAAUAACCCUGCCAGGACCCGUUGGAGAAAAAAAAGUUCAACAUGUCGCAUUUGUUCAUAAUUUCAGUAAGGCCCUCUGAGGAUUUUUUUUUUUGACUCCCCCACCCAUGCGCAAAAAUGAAGGAUCAAAUAAUGAACACCUUUUAGCCCAACUGUGGCACUUUUCUCCACACUAACGGCAUUUCUGGCCCAGUUCCACAUUU